AUGUCAACACCAAUAGAUCGUUACUAUAAACUCUUUUCAUUAUCUGGAGUGUCUCCCAAAUUAUUAAAGAAUGAGGAACACUUCAAUCUCCAUGUUAGACCAAAAAAAGAGAAGUGUUCAGAACAACCAAAAGCAAUUGUCUGGGAGGCUAAUGCAGUACAAGAUUCAGAUUUACUAGAGUUACCAAUGGAUCCAAAAGGAUAUCUAUAUUCACAUAUAGUUAUUGAUGUUUCAACUCAGGAUUUGGAUGGAAAUCCACUCAAAAGUAAAGAUGCCAAAACAGUACUAGAUUCAUUCAAAAGUAUUUAUGAACGAGGUCAUGUAAAACUUCCUACUUUCAGAGUCAACACUGAUACUGGAAAAGAAUUUGAUAAUCAUUUAUUCCGAGAUUUUUUCACAAAGGAAGUUAAAGAAAUGUUAACUGGAAUAACUUCUGUAGAAUGGUCCAAUGAUUAUCCCAUGCUGAUAGAGGCUAUUAGAAAGGAAUGGAAACGCGAUCCUCUUCCUAUUCCAGAAGGUCUUCCUAAAAUUUCGAAUAAAGAUGAUUUACUACAAGAAGGAACUCAAGUUCGAGUUAUGUUAUUUGAGCCUAAAUCUGUACUUGGACAAAAAUUACAUGGCAAAUUCCGCACAGGUGAUAUUAGGUGGGAUCCAGAAAUUCGAGUAAUUAAAAAACUUAUAUUAAGUCCUGAGCAACCACCAACAUAUCUUGUUAAUGGCCCUCAUGGCAAGUUGGGAGUAUCACGUUGUGCAUAUACUAGAAAACAACUCCAAGUAGUUCCAGACAAUGAGAAUCCCCCUCCAGAUUCAGUUAUUCAUAGUAAACAAUAUAAAUUCAUUCCGAAAAAAUUCUUAAGCAACGAACUUACAAAGAGUGAAUCAACUUGGGAACCAGCAAAUAGAUUUAAAGAGGAUGCACCUAAUCUUGUAAAUGAAUUUCUGGAGUAA